AUGGGGCCCAAAAGGGCCCAGAUCUGGGCCGAGGCAGACUUCAGCCGUGAGCCGCCGCACAGCAGCGCCCUGCCGCCAAGAGGCAGCACCACCGCGUUCCAUUCACCCGGGGGAGAAGCUCUGCCGCCGGACACGUUGCUGGCCAAAGAACACCGCUGCCGGCCAGCUCUGCCCCGCGCAGACCUCCACGCGUGCGGGUCCAACCCCUACUUCCCCUUCCAACCUGUAGAAGUGAGGGUUGGGGAGGCCAAACUGCCACAACCCGCAAUCCUCUUCCAACUCGCGCGGGAGGGAUUUUUCACCGGCCCAACCUCCCGCGUCCGCGCCACCGCCCGCCGCUCGCCGCCAUUCCGGCCGCCCCCCGCCUCCCUCGACGCGCGUCGGCCGCCGCGAGCUCCCCCGCCCGCGGAUCCGCGCCUCCCCGCUGCCCGCCGCCCGCGGUUCCGCGCCGCCCCGCCGCCCACCCGCCCGCUCGCCCAUCGCCCGCCCGCGCGCCGAUAG